AUAUUUCACACUCUGCCUGUUACAUUUACUAUGUAUCCUUUAUAGAUAAUUCAAACAAGAAAUAUUUUAGAAUAGAAAAUGAAGUUUUUAUCGGUGUUAGAAAUGCUUGUAGCUAUACUAAUGGUUUCAAUGUGUGGUUUUGUAAUGUGUAAAGAGUGUACCAACAGUCCUACACAGCUAUCAUCACAUACAUUUCGAUACGGUUUGUUAAACUCGAAAAACGAUAGUUAUAAACAGGGCGUGUAUUUGCAUCGCCACGUGACACCGACCGAUGAUUCUGUGUGGGCCGGUUUGAUCCCUAGGAAGGUUUUGAGAGAGGAAGGUGACGAGUUUAGUUGGAUUAUGAUGUAUAGGAAGAUUAAAAAUGUUGGUGAUGGGGGUCGGGUUGGUGGGGAGUUUUUGAAAGAGUUGCCUUUGAGUGAUGUGAGAUUGGACCCGGAUUCGAUUCAUGGGCAAGCUCAACGGACGAAUUUGGACUACUUGUUGAUGUUGGAUGUUGAUAGAUUGGUUUAUAGUUUUAGGAAUACGUCUGGUUUGCCGGUUGUUGGUGAGGCGUAUGGAGGUUGGGAAGGGUCAGAUCAAGAGCUCCGUGGUCAUUUUGUUGGGCAUUACUUGAGUGCCUCGGCUCAAAUGUGGGCUAGUACUGGUAAUGAAACACUCAAAAAGAAGAUGACAGCAGUGGUAUCUGCACUUGCUGCCUGUCAAGAAAAAAUAGGUACAGGGUACCUCUCUGCUUUUCCAUCUGAAUUUUUUGACCGUUUUGAAGCUAUUGAACCGGUAUGGGCUCCUUAUUACACCAUUCACAAGAUAAUGGCUGGUCUAGUGGAUCAAUAUGUUCUGGCUGGGAAUAGUCAAGCUCUGGAAAUGGUGACGCUGAUGGCUGACUAUUUCUGCAGACGCGUGCAGAACGUGAUUACUCGAUACAGCAUCGAAAGGCAUUGGUUAUCAUUGAAUGAAGAAACUGGCGGAAUGAAUGAUGUUCUUUACAGGCUAUGCACUAUCACCGGAGACACGAAGCAUUUGUGGUUGGCUCAUCUCUUUGACAAACCUUGCUUCCUUGGACUACUAGCUGUAAAGGCCGAUGAUAUAUCUGGUUAUCAUGCCAACACACAUAUUCCAAUAGUCAUUGGAGCUCAAAGGCGGUAUGAAGUUACUGGUGAUCCAUUGUAUAAGGAAAUUGGGACAUUUUUCAUGGAAAUUGUGAGCACCUCCCACAUGUAUGCUACAGGAGGCACAUCAGUUGAUGAGUUCUGGUCAGAGCCCAAAAGACUCGCAAGCACCUUACAAACCGAGAAUGAAGAAUCUUGUACAACCUAUAAUAUGCUAAAGGUCUCACGCAACCUGUUCAGAUGGACGAAAGAAAUGGCAUAUGCAGACUACUAUGAACGAGCAUUAACUAAUGGUGUCCUGGGCAUUCAAAGAGGAAAUGAACCUGGGGUUAUGAUAUACAUGCUUCCAUUAGCUCCCGGGUCUUCAAAAGCAAGUGGGUAUCAUAAAUGGGGUUCAAAGUUUAAUGAUUUCUGGUGCUGUUAUGGAACAGGGAUCGAAUCAUUCUCGAAAAUGGGUGAUUCAAUAUACUUUGAAGAAACAGGAAACUUUCAUGGGCUUUACAUCAUCCAGUACAUAUCAAGCUCACUUGACUGGAAAACUGGGAAGAUUUCUCUUACUCAGAAGGUGGAGCCUGCAGUGUCGUGGGAUCCUCGACUUAGAGUGUCAGUGACAAUCUCUUCAAAGAAGCAAGGAACUUCAUCCGCCUUGAAUUUUAGAAUACCAUUUUGGACAACUUCAAAUGCAAAAGCAGCACUAAAUGGACAGAAUAUUCAUAUAACUCCCCCAGGUACUUUCUUAUCUGUCUCAAAACAAUGGAGCUCAAAUGACAAAAUUGAUCUUGAUCUGCCCAUUACUCUUAGGCUGGAGCCAAUUCAAGAUGAUCGGCCCGAAUAUGCUUCACUCCAAGCAAUUUUAUAUGGCCCAUAUCUGCUCGGUGGACUCACCAUGGACGACUUUGACUUGAAACCUGACUCGACAAGUUCACUUUCAGAUUGGAUAAUUCCAGUUCCAGCAGAUUUCAAUUCCCAGUUAGUCACUUUCUCCCAAAAGUUUAAUGGCUCAACUUUGGCCCUAUCGUACAACAGCGACACCAUCACAAUGCAGGAAUUCCCAGAACCUGGUUCAGAAUCCUCUAUUUUCGCAACCUUCAGACUUAUAUUUACUGAACCCAAUGACACCAUGUCACAAGCAGUCAUGUUAGAACCAUAUAGUCUUCCUGGUUCGGUUCUUCUACACCAAGGAAGAGAAGAAAGUGUCCAAAUUGACAAUUACUCUGAUACCAGGAACUCAUUAUUCUACUUGGUUUAUGGUGAUGAUGGAAGUGUCCGUUUAGAGGCUCAAAGUGAGGAAGGUUGCUUUCUGCUCCAUUCCGAUGGAAUAGUGAAGUUGAGGUGUGAGCCCGGUGGAGCUGAUGACCAAUUUUUAAAAGAAACGCGCUUCAAGGUUCAUGAUGGAAUCAGUCAUUACCAUCCUAUUAGCUUUGUGGCAAAAGGGUUGAGGAGAAAUUUCCUUUUGCAACCAUUAUUUAGUUUGAGGGAUGAACAUUACACAGUUUACUUCAACAUUAAUUGAUCCAUAAUUAUGAAAUUAAGAGUAUAAAAUAGUUAUCAAAUAUAAAUAAUUUUCAGGUUAUAUAGAUUCAUCUUUAAGUGUGAAAGAUGAACUCUUGAUUGGCAGUGAAGAUUCCUACCGUUUUUCUGUAUUAA